AAAAUCGCAUAUCGGCUUUGCUUUGAUAUUUUAACAAAAAAAAUUUAACGCUAAUGUUGAAAAAUAACUUGUAUUACAUUUAUGAGAAGCUCUAUUUUAAUGUUGCUCGAAUUCAGUAUAGUAUAAUUUUUUGUAAUAUGGGAAUUCAAUGUUCAAAGCAAGGCUCGCAUCCUUUUGACGAUUAUUUGGAAACAAGAGUGUCACCUGAAGGAGAGUACGACCCUUUAAAGUUUUCUUCAUGUUUGCCGUCAGAAGAAAAAAAAUCUAAUCAUCUUAACUUAAAAGAUUUCAAGUGCAACGGUUCUUUAAAAGAUAUACGGAGUAGCAAAGAAAGUAAAUGGUCAUCAAUGGUUGAUGAAACAACAUUUGUUGAUCUUCCACCUGUAAGUAGUUUAGAAGACAAGGAAGUUUACGAAGAAACGACUUCUAAUAAUCAGCAAUUUCAAUAUCAUGCUCCAAAUGUUAAACAUUUAAAAGAUUCCAGUGACUAUGAAUCAUUCACUAACGAUAGUUACUCAAGUUCAACUUUAUCUAAUUCCGAACGUGAAUCAAGGAGCUCCCGUGACUCGCAAGGCUCUAUGUGCAGCAUGCAAUUUAAGGAAAGUGAAAUCACAGAAUCUGGACAAAUUGAUCGUUGGACAUACACAUUAUAUGAUUUUCAAGGCAAAGGAAUUGUUUCAAAAAAGGAUUUUCGACAUCUCAUAGAAACUGUCUACAACACUGUCAAGCAUGAUUCAAAACAUAAAGAUUCGUUUGGUCACUCUUUGAAAAUUCACGUGGAAAUUAAACGUCAGUGUACUAGUAAAAAUGAAAAAUCAUCUAAGUAUACUUCUUCUAAAGUCUGCAAAGGCAUGAUAUUUCCCCCACCAAACACAGAAGAAGCAGAAAAAAUUAGUAACUAUAUAGAAAAAAGACUUUAUCGACAUAAUACCACCAAUAGAACUGAACACAAUUGUUUGAGAAAGAAAUGCUCUUACUGUAAUGUGAAAAAUAACAGUUUGUUUUAUUGCAAACACAACUAUAGUCAACCUAGUGAAAAAAAUUUCAAUAGCAGUGUUAAAAAUAAGUCGCAUGAAGUUUUAAAAGACUUUUUUGAUGGUAUAAAAAAUGCGUCAAAACUUGAAAAUUCUAAAUGUGUAGAAGAAAUUAGUAUAAAAGACUCGGACAUUAUUUCACCUUCUUUAUCAAAACUCAACAUGCAAAAGUGUCAACAAAGUUUGACAUCAACUGACAACAAUUCAUCCUGUUGCCUUUGUGAGCAUUCAUCAAUAUGUUGCGUUCGUGAGCACUCCUCGUCGUGUUGUGUUUGCAAACACUCUUUAUCGUGUCGCUUUCGUAGACACUCUUCAUCCUGUCGAUUAGGCAAAAAAAAGCUAAAAGAUUCUACAGUUAUUAAUCAGACAUUCACAGAUAAAAACAAUUUACAUCAAUUUAGAAUAAAACAUUUAUGUACAAGUCAUAAAAAUUUUAUAGAACAAAAGCCAACUUUGAGCCCGUUUUUUGAUACAACUAAAAAUUCUGAUUUUACUGUUAACACAAAAAGAAAAAGUAGUUUGCGCAAAGACCGACAGAAGGUUCCAUCGAAAAGUUCUGAUGGUUCUGAAAAAAACUUUAAAGACUUGUGUUCAAGUCAUUCAUCAUCAGAAAAUUUAAAACACAGUCACUCUAGUUUUUCAAGACCUCCGGUGUGGCCUGGAGAAUGUGUGGCACCAGUGGAUUGGACAUCGAUUUGGCCUAGAGAGUGUAAUUUUGAUAAAAAAAAAACUGACAACAAAUAUUUUUUAAAAAAUGACAAGUUUUGCGAGUGUAAAAGAUUGUCAAAUGUUAGUUACUCUUAUCGCCAAAACGAUUAUACUUCUUGUGUUAGCAACUCUGUUUGUCAUUUUCCGUCUUUUAUACCAGCAUUGUAAAAUUUAUUUUAAUGUAAAAUUUGUUAACUUAUUUAUUUGAAACAAAUUUUACUUUU